AGGGAUUGUCUUGUCAUCGUCCAGGCGCAUCGGAGUUAGAGGCUCUUGUACGCUAGCAACAUUCCCGCCAUCGCCAUUCUUCAGAGACAUACUUCAUUUUAUCAUCAAGAUCCGUCACCCUGCCUGAUCAUCGCAAUAUCCAAAGGGCUAUCGGGUAUCUAGAUACAGCCUGCGACGCGAUGACGACAAAAAACCUCAACGUCUUUGUGUCGACGUUCCCUGGAUUGGGUCUGCCUCCAACACUGUCCUUUCCUUUCCCAUCAACAUCAACUACUUCAGAUCUACGCGAUCAUGUCUUUAAAAGGUUGCCGCAGACUGAUUCGAGGCUCGUUUUAACGACUAUCUCGAACAAGCAACUUGCCGCUGGCUCACCUAAAUACCUUUCCGAUCUUUGCAACGUCAACGAUGACUUCGUUUCUCUACGCUUAUCCUUGCCCUUGUGCGGUGGCAAGGGUGGUUUUGGAUCACAGCUCCGAGCAGCUGGUGGUCGCAUGUCUUCAAAGAAAAAAAGGAAUCAGGGCGAUGAGAACGGCUCCAGCAGGAAUCUUGAUGGACGACGACUAAGGACCAUUAACGAGGCCAAGGCACUCGCUGAGUACCUCGCCAUUAAACCCGAUAUGGAGCAGAAGGAGAAGGAGAAACGUCGCGAACGUUGGCAACAGAUCGUUAACGCCGCGGAAGAGAAGGAGCAUGAGAUCAGGAAUAACACCAAGGGUCGGCUUAGUGGCAAAUGGGUUGAGGAUAAAGAGGAGGCCGGUGAGCGCACGCGAGAAGCUGUCCUUGCCGCGAUAAAAAGGGGAAAUUACAAAGACAACCUCCUUGGCACAUCUCACAGCUCGACUUCAACUGAGGGAGUUGAGGACGAUUCUACAAGUGGGGACGAUGAUACGGUCAAAGAUUCGGACAAAUCAAAGUCGCCGUCGCCUACAACGAAGGUGCCGACAAAAAAACCACCAUCGCGCGCUUUCGUGGGUUUCGACGAAGAUGACGAAUUCAUGAGUUCGUCGGAUGAGGACGAGACCGAUGAUGCUAAGUGAGAACGGGAGCACAGCACUUGUAUAUCAAUGCGGCUAUGGCUCGUUCCAAAGACUGGAUGGAGCCAGAUCAGUAAAGCCAACUUUACUCUCUCUACAUAGACAGGGCUCUGUCGUCAUUGUAGCCCUAUGGGUGAAUUGCAAGGCGUAAUGCACCUUCAUUGCCGGAUCGUAUAUCCUUUAGGCGACGGUUGUAGUAAGCCCACGCCCCGGACCAAAAAGCAACGAGGCUAUAAAAGUCAAAAGCGCAAUGGAAACAUAAGGGAAACCGCGUUGCGCAGGAUUAGUAUCUCUGCAAGUGGCAUACGCUACUAGGAAAUGGCAGUAGGCGCUCCGCCGUUGUGACCCUACAAAACGAUGCUCACUACUUCCAUAUCACAGCGCCGAGUACGAGGGUUGAUUUGGGUUCAUAUAGCAAUAAUACUCACUUGAAAUUAUCUACCC